UGAUAAUUAUAUGAAAACCGGUAGCAAAAGACCCGCAAAUAAAAAUAAGGGAGGAAAUAAAAAUCCAAAUAAACAAAUUGCUGUAAAGAAGGUGUCUGAUGGGAGGACCUUACAUAUAAACACCUCCCCACCAACAAUGAGUAACUACAGGAAUCAUCCAAAGAAAUCUGUAAAGAGGAGUACUGCCAUCAAGAAUUCCCUUCUCAAUAAUCAGACGCAGAUGGAUCUGAACAGGCUAAUUGAUCUAACUACUCCUACAAAUGAUAGAUUCUGUUCAAAGAUAAAUAAUUGCCAAGAUAUUUAUUCCAAGGUGGAAAUAGCCAGCAAUCUUCUCAGAAGUAGAAGUGCUGAUCGACAAAGAUCUGCCAUUUCAAAGUACGAAAGACGAGGGAAUAAAUACAAGAAUAGAAUCAAUCCUAAUAGCAAAUCACCUGCUUUAAGAUCACCUAAUUCGAGCCAAAGUCUUGGAAAAGGGUAUAACUCUUACUUGUAUCAGUCUAAAUCGCCGAAGGUUAACAUUAAGAGUGCAAAUAGCCUUCUUCAGAGUCUGAAGCGAGAUGCAUCAAUAAAAUCUAAUUCACAAUCGAGAAGUAGAAAGAUAGGGCCUAAAUUUCCUCAUAAUAAGAAAGGGGUAUCACAGAAGAGAAUCAUUAAUAAUGGAACAAAAAACUCUAUUUUAGAUGAGCUUGGUGAGAGCAAGAGGGAUGUUUCUGCUGAAAAUUUUUCACAGAAGUAUCUUGUCCCAAACAAACUAUCUCCAAAUGAAAAGAGAAAAAGCUCCUCAGGAUUUAUUUUUGAAGCAGAAAACCACAGCCAAGAAAUUUUGAAGGUUCAAGAAAAACACAAAAAAUUAAGAUCUAAAUUCAAAAGAGUAAUCGAAGAUAAUAAAAAUCUGAGAGUACUUAACAAAGGCCUGAACAAAGUGAUUGACUCCAUCAUAACCUAUCUCACAUCUUUGCUUAAUUCCUCGCCUCAAAACCGGACUGCGAAUAAAAUACUCUCUAUUCUGAAUUCCCAUCAUGAGGAAAUUACAAAAAAAUCUCUUAAAACCAGAGGUGAUUCAAUUCUAAAGGAUGAUCUUUCAACCUCGUUAACUCUUUCAGUGGCUGAAAGAGAAAGCUAUAGCUCUACUACUCAUUUACCUGUUGGCAAGAUGACAUACAAGCCGUUAGAUAGACUCCUUCCUAAAGAACUCGGGAAUCUCCGCACGAGUAAAGCUAAUAAGGAGAAGAAGAUCUUUCAUCCAAAAAUUCUGGAUCAAAAAGCAAAUCUUACAACGAAACUAUCAAUAGAUGUAAUUCAAAACCCGAGUAUUGAACUCAAAAACGUCAACUCCACUCUAGAUGGUUACAGAGAGAACUUAGAGAAAGUUGAUAUGAUUCUUAAAGGUUGUACACAGAAAGAUUUACCUAGAUUUUCUAGUCUCAGAGAGGUCUCUAACAACACAAAGCCAAUGCAAUUAAGACCUAACCAGAUGUAUUCUCAUAGAAGGCCCAAGUUGUCAGGGUUACUCUCUCAAGCAAAAUCAGGGGUUUCUCGGAAUGAACAACAAAUACCUCAACCCAAGUCUUAUAAAGAAACUAAGGAAAACAGAGAUCCUUAUCCAUCAGAGAGAAGAAGCUUUAUUGGAGCAGAGACUAAGUUGCAAACCUCGAACUUAGUUUCCCUUUGUGAUCAACUUAACAAUUUAUCUCGAGCUGAGGAAGAAGAUAUGCCAACACCUAAAGAAUCAGAAUGAAACCUCGACCAAGCAACAGUGGAUUUAGAUAUGUCACAGACUCCUUCAAUCUUGAUGUGAAGAAGGAAUUACACGAUCAAGGAUUAA